GCCUACGUAGUCAUAUUAGUGUAGUGAAGGCAGGGAAGAAGGGACAGGUCUGUAGUGUUCAGUGUACAGGAGGUGACAACACUACAACUACCUGGAGAAUUCCAGGGACACUCAGGAGAGAUAUUCCUGGAUUGAAGGAUGGGAGAAACACCACCCAUUAUCACCCUGCCAGCAGGAACAGUCUGCAGCACAGGAGCUUUGUUACCAUUGAUGUGUCCGCACAACAUUUCCCAAGCAUGGUGUCUAAUAAUGAACACAAGUCAAAGUCCAUCGUCAUUCAUCCCUGUACAGAACAGCAGCCAGUCCAGCAACGAGACCAACCUGAGCAUUGCCACAUCAUUUGGAAACAAAUACAACCUGUACAUUGGCUUAAUAUUAGCAGCCAGCUCCAGUCUCUUUAUCGGGUCAAGUUUCAUCAUGAAGAAGAAAGGCCUCUUACGGUUGGCUGAAAAGGGAGUCACCAGAGCAGGACAGGGUGGAUUUUCAUACCUCAAGGAAUGGCUCUGGUGGGCUGGGCUUCUUUCAAUGGGGGCAGGAGAAGCUGCUAACUUUGCUGCAUAUGCAUUUGCACCGGCCACUCUAGUGACCCCGCUAGGAGCAUUGAGUGUUCUUAUCUGUGCAGUCCUAUCUUCCUAUUUCCUGAAUGAAAAGCUGAACAUGCAUGGAAAGCUCGGCUGUGUUUUGUGUAUCCUUGGCUCCACCAUGAUGGUCAUACAUGCUCCUCAAGAGGAAGAGGUCACGUCUCUGCAUGACCUAGAAAUUAAACUAAGAGAUCCAGGUUUCAUUACUUUUGCUACAGUGUCAGUUGUGGCAUCCCUGGUCCUUAUAAUAGCGGUUGCCCCCAAAAAAGGUCAAACCAACAUCCUAGUUUACAUCGCCAUUUGUUCUAUAAUUGGUGCUUUCUCUGUGUCUUCUGUGAAAGGACUUGGAAUCUCCAUCCACGAGUUCAUUGAACAGAAGCCAGUUUACAAAAACCCUCUAUUUUACAUCUUACUGGCUACACUGGUCCUGUCUAUCAGUACACAGAUAAAUUAUCUCAACAAAGCUCUGGAUAUGUUCAAUACAUCAAUAGUGACGCCUAUAUAUUAUGUCUUCUUCACCACUAUGGUGGUCACCUGUUCCGUUAUAUUGUUCAAGGAAUGGAAUAAUAUGAAUGUUAGUGACAUGAUUGGGACAUUGAGUGGCUUCCUUACCAUUAUUAUUGGCAUUUUUCUUCUGCAUGCCUUUAAGAACACCAAUAUUACAUGGAGUCAGAUCACCUCUACCAUCAGCAAAGACAAACAGACAGUUCUGGAUGGACAGGAAGACCAACAAAGCCUGCUUGGGAACGCAGAACAUUCUAUAUUGGCAUUUGAGGAUGAUAUUGCCAUCUACAGUAGGACAAGCCAACAGCACUGACUAAGCUCCAUGGCUGGAAGAUUUGUAUUUA